CCGCCACGCCCCUCCACGUGCCCCGCGAUCGGAGCAGGUGGGUCGCAGCAAGCCACGGCCCGCUGAGACCGCAGGGGCAGGGGGUCCUGGUAUUUUUCAUGUUCUAGACGGACGCUUUGGCCCAGCAGGGCUGAGCCUGAGGCUGAUUUUGACGUCGAAGGAACAAGGAAGGUUGUGUGGUAUCGGGCGCAGAGAUUUCUUCUUGACUACCUCUCUGUAUAAUUACCCCUCUGUGUAAUAAUAAGCCAGCCCGAGGAUAUCGGCUCUAGAUUGGCAGUCAUGUCCACAACCAACAGGGACGAAUCCUAUAUCGUGGAUGUCGUCCAGCAAUCCGCCCCCGUCGACGUGACGCAGCCAUAUGACACCGCGAGUCUAAAGGGUAAGUCUAUCCUGAUCACGGGCGGCGCGUCGGGGUUCGGGGCCGCGUUCGCGAGGCACUGGGCGAGCCACGGGGCGCACAUUGCCAUCGGGGACAUCAACGACGCCGCGGGCGAGGAGCUGGUGGCCGAGCUGCGCUCCCUCCCGGGCUCGUCGGGCCACCACCACUUCCAGCACUGCGACGUGACUAGAUGGGAAGACCAGCUCGCACUCUUCCAGGAGGCCGCCCGCGCGAGCCCGACCGGCGGCAUCGACGCCGUCGUCGCCAACGCCGGCGUCCUCGAGACAGACAACGUAAUCACUGGGAAGGGGUUCGAGAACCCCAGCGGCCUUGAUCUCGACCAAGACCCCCGGCCCCCGCCCCCGCCGCUCCGGUGCCUCGCCGUCAACCUGACCGGCGUCAUGUACACGGUCCACCUGGCGCUCUACUGGCUCCCCCGGAACGAGGAACCAAAGCAUGGGAGAACCGACUCCAGGGUCGGCGACGGCGACGGCGACGGCGACUACAGCGCCCCAGACACAGUAGCAACGGCGACCCGGCCAAGGGACCGCCACCUCCUGCUGACCGGCUCCGUCGCGGGGAUCAUGGCGCUCCCGGGGCAGCCCGAGUACACGGCGUCCAAGCACGCCGUGACGGGCCUCUUUCGCUCGCUGCGCGGCACCGCGCGCGUCAACCAAGGCGUCCGCGUCAACAUGCUCUGCCCCUACUUCGUCGAGACGCCGCUGAUCCCGCGCCCCGGCAUGCUCCUCCUCGCCGGCGCCGGGUUCGCCAGCAUCGGCGACGUCGUCGACGCGGGGACCCGGCUGAUGGCCGACGAGUCCGUCGUCGGGAGGGCGCUGGUCAUCGGCCCGGGCUUGAGCGUGGUCGACGGGGAGGACGGGGAUGGGUUGGGGCCGCUUGGUGGGGAGGAGGGGGGAGUGCGGUCGCGGGCGGUGUGGGAGUGCUACGCUGAUGACUAUGAGAAGGUCGACCUGUUUUCGCAGCGAUACGUUCGCCUGCUGAAUCAGUUCACCAAACUCAGGGGUUGGGCCGGUACAUUGAAGGAUAUCCUAAGCGUAAUAGUUUACCGUCGUAAAGUCCGGGCAUAG